CGAGUCGCGGUGCCGGUGUCUCAAAACGCGCGCGGCCUUGCUCCACACGAUACCUAUUCGUUAUUAGAAAUAUUACGCAAUACCAAGUGACAAAGAUAUAUAUAUAUAUAUCUUAAAAGUUAAUUUUAUUCUUAAUAAGUACUGUGUAAUUAUUAUAAUGAGUGAGAUACGACAAAGAAAGUUAAAAGAUGAUACCUCAAACUCACAUAUCAAUGUAAGAAGAAGCCUGAAGCAGCCACGGAGAUUCAAAAAGGUCUUCAUUUUUUUGAUAGCUUUAGGACUAUGCGGCACAUAUUUAUUGGGUCUUUUCGCGGGCCAGACACAGUGGUUCGAUGGCAUCGCGAAGAGUCUCGGUUAUGAGAGCGUCACCCACCACGCUGUCAUCAUUGACGCUGGAUCUUCAGGGUCCAGGGUUCUAGCUUAUAAGUUCAGGGUGCCAUUCACAGUAUUUGGUCAAACCAGCCUAGAUCUAGUAGAUGAAUAUUUCGAAGAAAGCAAGCCGGGACUUUCUUCUUAUGUCGACGACCCUAAAAAGGGUGCCAAUACGAUAGUCCAAUUGAUAAAAAAGGCGGAAUUUCUCACCCCGGUAGACAAGCGUCGCUCUACGCCCGUUAUAGUUCGGGCUACGGCCGGUUUGAGGCUCCUACCAGCUGAUAAAGCCAAGCAACUUGUACAAGAAGUCGCCGAUGCAAUAGCCAAACUCGGCUAUGAUGUGGGACCGAACAGUGUUGAAAUAAUGGACGGAUCCGAUGAAGGAAUCUUCAUUUGGUACACCGUUAACUUAUUACAUAAUCUGAUAGGAGGAGAGACUAUGGCUGCUUUGGACCUUGGUGGCGGUUCGACUCAGAUAACCUUCCAACUGAGUGAUGAAGAUACAAAACUGUAUCCGGCAGCUGAUCAGUUCGUGGUACCAGCUGGGGAUAACAUCACCUUAUAUACUCACAGUUACUUGAACUUGGGUCUUCUGGCGGCUAGACAUGGGGUAUUUAAACAGGAGGCAGGCGAUAAUGACACGAAUGAGUUUGUCUCAGUGUGCGUUGACCCUAUCGUACAAAAAGAGAAAUGGACGUAUGCUAACAAACAGUAUAUUAUUAGUGGCGCCCCCCGGCCCGAAGGCAUGAAGCGUGAAGCGGUGUACAAGCGAUGUCACGCGGCUGUCACACGAUAUGUGGAGCGGACACUGGACUGGGUCCCGCGUCGUGCUCCAAGUGGAAGCGUCGCAGCCAUGAGUUAUUUCUAUGACGUGGCCGCCGAUGCUGGACUCAUAGACGUAAUGACGGGUGGGCAAGUGUCAGUGAGUGCGUACCGUUCGGCGGCGAGAAGAGCGUGCUCCGCGUCCAACGUGGAACAGCCAUGGGCCUGCAUCGACCUGGUGUAUAUGGUCGCCUUAUUGCAUGAUGCCUAUAAGAUCCGCGAUGAGGAACCUAUUUCGCUGUUUAAGAAAGUGAAUGGUCACGAAGUGUCGUGGGCUUUGGGGCUCGCGUACACCACGGUUAUGAACAAAAUAACAACGGCGCCGGCUGCUUAGUGAAAACUUAUUAUAUAUUAAAUGUACCAAGUUUUAUCUUUACAAAAUAAUUAUUUUAUAUUUAUAAUUGAUAUAUGACAUAACUAUAGAGUGAUAUUUUGAUCCAAAACCAAAACAUUAUAAACUAUUUAAUGACAGACUUUAGUUUAUUAUGACAAUUGUGACAGUGACAGGUUAUUUGACAGAUUUAGACAAGUGUGAAACGCCUUACAGUGCCACAUAGUUUUUUUUUAUAUUAUGGCAAUAGUUUUGACUUUAUGCCAGUUUCAAGUAAAAGGCUGGGAAACUACACGCGAGAAAGCCACAUAGUUGUAUUGCCAGUAAAUAAAAAUAACAAUUAUAAGGGGAGUAAUUGGAAGUCAUGCAGGCUAACUUAAUAAUUUAUUGAAAUGUCUUAAUAAAGCAAUAUAUACCUAGAAAAUACAGUUCUGGGCUUAAAUAUAUGUGACUCAAACAUAGGAUCAACUAAUAUGAUAGGUUUUGUUACGUGUACUAUUAAUAUAACAUCUUUUCAAAUACCUAGCAAUCAGAGCCGUUCGAUAAUUAAAACAUUUUAAUUAAUAAUGCAAGGAAUAAAAGUACAAUGCAUUUAUUUUCAUUGCUUGCUAUUAUUAGGAUUUUUAUUAGAUAGUAAAAUUUUAUGUCACCAUUUUGAGAUCGCGUUAGAAAACUUCCAUUACCAAUAAAAGUCUGUGGCACUAUGCAAUGUAAUUGAUUAUGAUUUUAUCGAAAUAGAUGUAUAAAAAUAAUACCGUUAUUAAGUGUUUACGAAUUCUCAUCGUCAAAUGGUAAUCGGUUCACGUUUUAAACGUAUUUUUGAGAACUUGGUACAUUUAGUUAAGACUUCCAAUUUUGUAUAAUAUUUUGCACCCUACUUUAAGUAAUGCAAGCGGCCUUUUGGUUUAAAUACAUUAAUUUUUAUAUGCAAUAUACAUUUUUUUUUAAAUGGUUGUGUGAAUUUUUGACAAUUAUACACCCGCAAGAGAUUUUAAACUUUUUGAGUUGAGUUCAAAGGGACGUAUAAUAUUUGUUUAACGGAUAUAACGAUUUUAGUUAAGCUUCGAGACGGCGCCUACUUUGACUCCCGUCUGUCAAACUUAGCGCUUGAAGAUUUGAAGAUUUUAAACUUUGACUUCAAGGAAAAAUUUAUACAAUAUUUUAAGUUUUUGUGUAAUUUGAAGUAAUACACUGAAUACUGUUUUUAUUAAUUUAAUACUCAUGUCAAUGAAGAAUUGAAUUUAGAGAUUCUGAUAAGACAAAACCCGGCUUCAUCAAAAUAACGUAAUUGCUACGCGUCGUACAUUCCCUACAUUUUUGACAGCUAAACUUGUUUUGGAUGAACCUUAGAGGCUAGUGCCUGAUGAGUCUCAGGACAGGAGUACUAGAAUUUAUUUUUCUUGAUUAAUAUUUAGCAAUAAGAAUUUUACAAAAUAAAAGACAUUUUUACUCAGUUAUUAUAUUGACAUUUUAACAAACAAUAAUUGUUAGUGAAUUUUUCGUUUGACGUAGUACUGAGCGUGUUCGUCGUUACUAGGUACACCAAUAAAAUUGAAACGAAAUAUAUAAAACGGUACGGGAAAGUAUUACUGGUACUACGACCUAGAAUGAUUAUCAAAAACAGAAUCCUUACCUAAAACCUACCAUAAUGUGGUGUAAAGUACUGGAAAGUGGAAAAUAAUAUUAAUAAUAACGCGUAAUUCAAUCCCCGCCCCGCAUCGUAAUGUUUUACAAGAGGACCCCCCAAAUUCGUUACGUAAUACUUGAACGCUCCCUAAUCAGACGUAAUACUUGCCAAUGGAUUGGAGGUUUGAACAGAGAUUAUUAUAAUUCUAAAUUGAAAAGUUUUUGCUGAACCGUUUUGAUAUGCCCUUUAACAUAUAUGAAAUGGAAUAAUUAUAUUUGUAAAAUAAUUUUUAUGGGAAUUAAACAUUUUUGACACGUUGUCAAGCUUUGUGCACUUCGCGAUUUUGUAACGGGUAUGUUAAAUACAAAAUGUACAAAAAUUUAAUAAAUGUUGAAUAUUUAAUAUUUA